CAGGCGUUGGUUGGCUCACGCUAGGAUGACAUGCCUAAUUAGGAAAUAGCAAUGAGAUUUGUUUAUCAAAUAAAUACAAAGUAGGCAUACGUAAUGAUUUCGGUGGUUAAUUUAAAUUUGUAUUGCCAAGUUGAGUUAUUAGGCUACAACAACAUUCAAGACAGAUGGGAUUUUUCUAUAACUACAUCAGUGGAUGCUCAGCUCAUCACUUCUUUGUCCACGGCUGUUUUCAUGCCUGUUUUCCAAAGUUAGCCUCUUGAGAGGGAGGCGCAAAGGUGGAUUUUUUUCUCUCUCCUAGCAGAAAUAUGAAACCUGGUUCAUUUCAGCCAAGUUUGUCCCAAGCUCCCAGUUCUUAACAUUGCUUUGCAUUGCCAGUCUCCAUUUUGCUUUUUUAACUAAAACUCGUUUUGACAAUUUGUCAGGAAACGUGCAUUUUGUGAAUUAUCCACAUCUAUUCUAACGCAAUGAAACAUUUGUAUUUGUUUAUCAAAUAGGCGUACUACACGAUCUAUUUUUUUUUUUAAAUACGAAUAUGAAAUGAUUAUAUGUCUAUAUUGGAUAGUAAAAUCACUCUGAACAAAUUAUUUUAUAUUUUUUCCGAGGAGAACAAAGUGCCGUAAGCUUUAUGGUAUUUCUCGCCCUCAUCGCCCAUCCAAUAAUUGCCAGGGGGGAGGCAGUCAGUAAUGUUUGGAAACUGAGUGCAACAACAAUCUCGACAGCUUUGACCGUGUGUUGUUUUGUUAUGGGCAUCUCUGCCUAGAGAAGCAAUUCAAACACUUUUGGGGAUGUGAGACGGCAUUGACUUUUUCCAAUUGAGCUUUUGAAGGAAUUUACAUUUUCGUGGGGAACAAUGGCGAGGUUUUUGGUGAAAAUGUCUCUCGUCCUACUUUUCCUUGGAUUUUUUAUGUUCACUUUAGCAUCCGUAAAUGCUGAACCAGAGCAAGUCGAUAAAGAAGAGGAGGAAAGUACAUGUCAAGGGGCUUUCGACUUGUAUUUUGUGCUUGACAAAUCUGGCAGUGUCAAAAACCACUGGAUAGAAAUCUACUCCUUUGUGGAGCAUCUAGCUGAAAAGUUUAUCAGCCCCAUGUUGAGAAUGUCCUUUAUUGUGUUCUCAUCCAGAGGAACCACUCUCAUGACACUGACAGAAAACAGGGUGGAGAUAAGAAAAGGAUUGAAUGUGUUGAAGAGAGAGAUACCAGGUGGAGACACCUUCAUGCACCUGGGCUUGCAAAGGGCAAAUGAGCAGAUACACCAUGAAAACUUUGGAACAGCAAGUGUUAUCAUUGCCUUGACUGAUGGGGAGCUGAACGAACACCAACUCGUCACUGCACAACAGGAGGCGGAGAGAAGCCGAUCUCUAGGAGCUAUGGUGUACUGUGUGGGAGUAAAAGACUUCAACGAGACCCAGCUGGCCACCAUAGCAGACACCAUCGAGCAUGUGUUUCCUGUGAUGGGCGGAUUCGUAGCCCUGCGAGGAGUGAUCGACUCGAUCAUCAAGAAGUCCUGUAUUGAGAUUUUAGCUGCAGAGCCCUCCAGUGUUUGUGCAGGAGAGAGUUUCCAGGUGGUGGUGAGAGGAAAUGGUUUCCUUCACGCCAGAAAUAUAGAGCAGGUGUUAUGCAGCUUUAAAGUCAAUGACACCCUCACAAUUAAUGAGAAGCCUGUGGAUAUCGAAGACACGUUCCUGCUGUGUACAGCUCCGGUUAUAGAUGAAGUUGGGCAGGUUGUUUAUCUACAAGUGAGCAUGAAUGAAGGCCUGUCGUUCAUCACUAGCUCUGUGCACAUCACCACCACAGAGUGUUUUGAUGGUACCAUCCUUCUCAUCACUCUUCUGGUUCUGUUCCUGUUGAUGGCAAUGCUGUUCAUGUGGUGGUUCUGGCCCCUCUGCUGCACAGUGGUGAUCAAAGAGCCUCCUCCAGCACCCCCUCCAGAGCCAGAAUCAGAUGAUGAAGAUGGCAUGCCCAAGAAGAAGUGGCCAACCGUGGAUGCAUCCUACUAUGGUGGAAGAGGAGUCGGAGGAAUCAAAAGAAUGGAGGUACGCUGGGGAGGGAAGGGUUCAACCGAGGAGGGGGCUAAGCUGGAGAAGCCCAAGAACGCGGUGGUGAAAAUGCCAGAGCAGGAGUUUGAGCCGUACGAGCCCAAGCCCAAGAAGGCCCACAACAGGAAGCCAGCCACAGACAGGAAGUGGUACACCCCCAUACAGGGUAAACUGGACGCCAUUUGGGCCCUGUUUCGCCGCGGCUACGACCAGGUUUCUCUCAUGCGGCCUCAGCCAGGAGAUCAUGGUCGAUGCAUCAACUUCACCCGGGUGAAGGACGAGGCAGCGGCAGCAGCCAAGGCACCUCCCCGGGCCCAUAGCCCACCUCCCGCUUCGGACUACCGUCCCCUGAUCAGCCCCACUACAGCACCGCCACCACAGACCAGCCCGCCGCCGCGAGCGCCGCCCGUCACCCAGCUGCCCCCAGGGCCACCCCCCUCCCGCACCCCCCCAGGUCCUCCCUGCCCCCCUCCCACACGCCCCCCACCCUGCCCAAACAGCAGACCAUGAGAUCAAAUUAGGGACCCCACUCCAAUAAAGAAAAAGUCCACAUUGCCAAAGAUGCUCCCUCAACCCGAAAAGAAGCACAGUAUUUAUUGGAGUUGGGGUGAAAUUAGCAGGAGACAUUAUGGUUUGUUGCUGGACAGCAAAAUAUGUAGUCAUAGGAAGAAACAUACUGCAAUGGAUGAAAUGAUUUGAUCACCUACUGAGUAUGUUAUGAUGGUUAGUGGCAAGGCAACAGUAGAGUGAGACUAUGUAACUUUAGUCAUCUCUGAGUCGAUUUACUUUCAACCACAAGGAUUGGAUUUUGCUAUCAAACCAAUCUAGAUGAUGUAGAAUUUUGAGCUUUUUUCAUCUCUCCCUUUUGUACAUUUUUAGAUGUAUCUUUUUACAUCUCUAUUUUGUAAAUUGGAAGAUUUGAAAGGGCAAGUUUUUUUAGGGGGUCAACAAAACAUGGCACUGGUUUGAUUAAGUUUAAUAUUUGUUUCUCAUGUCCAAAUAAGUUUACACAGACUGAGAAAGCCAGUUUUAGCCCAUGUGGGUUAUUCCAUAUUCCGUUCAAGAAACCCAUUUUAAUUACUCCCGUUUGGUAGUGUUGCCGGAAGCCAUAAGCGUAUAAGCAUAAGUUGACACUGGGACACUUUUUAUAUGGACUGAACACGUAAGAUUUCUGCUUAUACAGUAUACUCUCUCAGGAUAGGAGCACAUGGUCUGCCGAAAAUGAGGCGCACAAACACCUUGAUAUUUUUUGUUACAUCCCCUGAAUGAGUUAGUUGAGAAUCAUACAUAGGCGUAGCGUAAGAGAUUUGUUAGCGUAAAAUUUUUGCAUUUUUAAACACUUUGUUGGUGAUUAUCUCUAAGGAUGAACCCAGGUUUAUCUAAGUUGAUAUUGGUAUCUGUCAACAUUGAAUGCAGUUCAGAUAUAGCAUCAUUUUUUAUAUUGUUCGUUUUUUAAAUCACUUUUGAAUCAUGAACCUCUAACAAAACAGCUAAAGUCAGGUCAUUGGCUCUCAUCCAUUUUUUACAGUCUCAAAACUGUACUUUACUUUUAUACAUUGUAUUGUUUACCUUUUUUUUUAUUGAAUCACAAUCACAUUGCAACUGCAGGGCAGUUCACCACAUCUCUAAUUUAUUAACCCCAAAGACCUAGAGGAGCGUACUUGAAUACGACAAAGGUGUCCACUGACAAAGAUGGACACUGUGCAUGUAAACAAACACCUAUUCGCGCAACUUCAUAUGGCAGUGUUUCUCAACCCCAUUGGUCUAUAAUCCGGCACUAGGUCAUGGAAUUAUUGCCCUCCUAAGUGCAACUGUCCUGUAUCAAAAGGCACAUGACAUUUCAGUGAUGUGUCCAUGAACCAACACUGAUUUAAAUCAAGCCCUCAAAAGGAGGAAGUCCAUAGCAUGCCGGUCCUUGGUACAGACAAAGGUUGAGGAAUACUAUUAUAUGCUUAUCACACACGGUACCUUUCAGAAUUGUUCUACUUCGAUUUUUCUACACUCUUUGUAUCAUGUACUUCAUUCGAUUAUGACCUAUAAUACCAUUGUGUUACUAUAUUCCUUUGAUAUUGUGUAGCACUGCUGAAAGCUGUUCAGGAUGAUGAUGAUGAUGAUGAUGAUUAAGAGAGGUGCAUGCAUUUAGUUUGUUUUUAUUGGUACGACACAAAUAAAGCUCUAUGGCACCCAAGUGUAAUAAUAUAGUUCUACUUUUUGACAAUGAUGAACAUCCUCCAUUUGUAUGAAUGGAUUUAUGGCCCUUUAUUUGAACAUCAUCCCACUCAAGCAAUGGCAUAGUAAGAGGAGCGAGCAACAACGUUAAAUAGACCUCAUUAUUAUGUAGUCCCUGGUGCGUUUUUGUCUCUAUGCUUCAGAAUGAUCAUCGGGACCAUUGUGGGGCUGUGUUCUCCUGAGAGAAAGCUCUGAGAAGCUAAAUGAGGGGUGUCAAGCUCAUUUUGCCCCCAGGGGCCGCAUUCGGUCUUCAACGAGGUCCGGAGGGCCGCACUGAAAAUGUGUUAUUUCCUCGCUGUCAAAAUUAGCAAAAAAUAGUCCUCUACCCAUAGUUUUUAGAAUUUCCUACGUUCCCUUUCUGUAUAGCUUUCAUUUCAGUGAUUAUUAGCACGCUGGUCCAUUAUAAUGUUUAUACUAUUUCGAUCUUGUUUUUGUGAUUUUAAAGUAUAAAAUGGCCCGCUGGCCAUAUUUUUGACACCCCUGCGCUAAAUGUUAACCAUUCUUUUACAUGUUAACCAUUGUUUUUCAUGUAUUAAUGGGAGUACUGAAACAAGUAUGGAAAGACAUCUUAAGAUUCUCUUUUUUGACACGUUUUCUCUUUUUUUUUACAGUAUUAAUAAAGGUUGACUUUCAAGCUUU